CAGCAGGAGGAGCAGCAGCAGCAACAGGGCCGGAGAGAGGGCGGCGCUUGGCAGCGGCAAGCCGGAGCGGCCCAGCGAGCGCGGCUAGGCUUCCCUCUCCGUCGGGGCGAAUGUCCUCCGGGCUGCGGCGGGCGGCCCUGCUGGGAUUCGGCCUGCUCCUCUGCAGAGCGGCUCGAGCGGGGCGCUGCCCGGCCCCGCGUUGGCCGCCUUCGCCCGGAGCCAUGCAGAGCGCGGCGGCGUCGGGGGCCGCGCAGGGACUCAAGUACCUCGGGUGAGACUGGAGGGAGAGGAGAGGAGAGCCGGGGCCCAGCGGCUUUUUCCUGGAGGGCCGGGUUCGAGCCGCGGCCCCGCGUACCUCUCGGACUGGUUCGGAGGACCGUCCUGGAAAAAAGCCGGGGAGGGAAGGGAGAGCUAGCAGGAGAAGCAGCAGCACGCGCUGCUCUUGCAACCACCAGCGGUUUCGGUUCAAGGGGGAUGAAGGCCUGGGGGUGAUUUGCAAAGACCUGGUCAGUGGACACGGAAGGAGGCCGAGGUUGAGCCCCACCCGCCGCCGCCGCCACCUGUGCUCAGCUUCAGGAUUCCGGAGUGCAACUUGUAAAGGACUGGCAGUGCCCUCGAGCAUGCACAGAGCGCACUUCCUGGCUGCAGCCUCGCUCAUCCGAUUAGCGAGACUGUGACAUCAAGGCGCCCUGCGUUGUUGUUGUUGUAUAUUUAGAUCAAAUAAUUGAUUUCUUAUUCUGCUUUCCCAGGGUGGGUGGGUUACAACGACAUGAAAACACAAGAUUAAAAUCGGUUAAAACUUUUUUGGGGGGGUUGGCUGGCUGAAGAGCGGGGUAAGAUCUGUCAAAGUAUUGUAGGGAUAUGAAAUCGUGUGCAGGAUUCCAGAUAUGAGGGGGGGGGAGGUUAGCAACCAAUAUAAUGCAGCAAGUAAGGAUAAGAAAAACAUCAGGGAGGGAGGGGUGAAUGAUAUAUUCUAUGUGAAUUAAAUUUGUUAAAACCUUUGAAAAUCUAAUAAAAAAAUCAAUAUUUAAAAAAAAAGUGGGGUACAAAUGCCACAAAAAAUAAAUAAGCAAGCAAACAGAAUAGGGUAGGGCUUUAUAUGUUUGUAUAGAUAGAUACUGAUCCAUCUGGGGUGGUGGGACCUGUGGUACUCCAGAUGUUGCUGUUGGACUCUUGACUCCUGGCCAGUGGCCUGGUUUUGAUGGGAUUUGUAGUCCAGCAACAUCUGGAGGGCCAGAGGGUCCCUGCUUCCUGCUGUGGGUGCCACCCAUUCUAGUCAAUUCUUUCCCCCAGAUCAAGAAAGCACAGUCACACAAACUUCACUUUCCCAAGCAAUCUGGGUAAAACUCCAGUCCAUGAGAUCUGAGCCUUUGAAAACACACAGAGAGCUGAAAAAGGACGCGGGAAAGGCGGUCACUCUUCCAACUUCCUCCUCCGGCUCUAUUUGCUUUUCAAGCAGGUGGGGAAAUAACCACCCUCCCUGCCUCAUGGCCCAGGGGGCAGAGAGUGGGCAAGAACUAGAGGCACCGUUGUGUCCAUAGAUGCCAUGUCGCCAGCACCUGCCUAAAAGUUGUUAUGUGUGAUGUGUCGCCAAGGGGGUUUAAAAAAGGGUAAAGGGGACCCCUGACCAUUGGGUCCAGUCGUGACCGACUCUGAGGUUGCGGCACUCAUCUCGCUUUAUUGGCCGAGGGAGCCGGCGUACAGCUUCCAGGUCAUGUGGCCAGCAUGACUAAGCCGCUUCUGGCAAACCAGAGCAGCACACGGUUUAGGAUCCCACUUUAAACCGUCAUGGCUUCUCCCAAAGAAUCUUGGGAGCUGUUAGAAUACAGUUAUUCCCUUCCCAGAGCUGCUGUUCCCAGAGUUCCCUGGGAAGAGAAAUGGGAUGUUAAACAGACCUGUUCUGUGAGGGGAAUAGGGGGUCUGCCAGCAACUCUCAGCACCCAUAACAAACUACACUUCCCAGGUUUCUUAGUGGGAGGCUAUGUCUGUUUAAAGUGGUACGAUUCUGCUUUAUAUGUAUAGUACAGAUGGGACCUGCCCCUUCCCUCUGCCUCUGCCUGACCUUCUUCAUAAAGCUGUUGUGUACAGGAAAGGUGUGUGGAUAAAGAAUGAAAGUGGGGAUACAAGACUUAAACGUAUCUCAGGCAAAAGAAAUAUGAGGAUAAUGUUGUGCUAAGAGAUUCUGUCUUCUCCUGGCCAGCCAGAAGGAAGCUCAAGCCAUAGACCAAGAACUGUUUGAUGAGUACAAAUUCAGCGUCGAUCAGCUGAUGGAGCUGGCUGGGUUGAGCUGCGCCACAGCCAUUGCAAAGGUAGGGGUUUUGGGCAUAAAGAACAAGUCGAAUGGUGCCGAAAGAUGGGGCUGAAGGGAUGGCCGUGCCUGAGAAUGACCUGUGGAACUACUUGCUGCAGGAUGCUGCAGAACAGGGAUGGGGAAACCUAUGAUCCUCUGCGUGUUCUCAGACUACAACUCCCACCAUCCUUGGCCAUUGGCCUUUCAGGAUGGAGCUGAUAGGAGUUGGACUCAAAAAACCUGUGGAGGGCCACAUUAGGAUGAAAGGGGCACAGCACCACCAACCUCAGCCUGUGCUCUGCCAGCCCCCUUUUGCCUGCCUUCUUAGUUACAAUGGUCCCAGGGGAAGCCGUGGCUGUCACCUUCCUCCUCUGUAGUCCCAGUGCUGCUUUUGUAGAAUUCAACCGCGAGGCGGAUGGAGACGAAAGUGGAAUUAGCUGGCUCCAUGCGCCUUUGGCUCUGGUUCUGACUGCUGUUGGGUUCCUUGGCUUCCACCCCACCAGCCCCAUUGCCCUUCCCGGUUUAUCCCAUACUUCCUCCACAGAGAUUCCUGAUGCAUCUUUGUGAACUCAUAAGGACUAGAAGAAUGCACUUAAAAAAAUAAAAGUGAGGUGCUUGAAAUACUGAAUUCUCCAUCAGAUGAUGAUGAUAAUAAUAGUAAUUCAUUUCUUAUACCACACCCAUCUGACUGGGGUGCCCCAGUCACUCUGGGUAGCUUCAAACAAAAAUACCAAUUAAAUUGGUGCUAACCUUUAAAGUCCUAAACGGCCUUUGCCCUGUAUACCUGAAGGAGCGUCUCCACCGCCAUCAUUCAGCCUGGACACUGAGGUCCAGCUCUGAGGGUCUUCUGGCGGUUCCCUCACUGUGAGGUUACAGGGAACCAGCCAGAGGGGGUAGUGGCACCCACCCUGUAGAAUGCACUCCCAUCAGAUGUGAAAGAGAUAACCAAUUACAUGACUUUCCAAAGACAUCUGAAGGCAGCCCUGUAUUGGGAAGUUUUUGAUGCUUGAUGUUUAAGCUGUGCUUUUAUAUUAUGUUGGAAGCCGCCCAGUGACCAGGGAAACCUAGCCAGAUGGGUGGCCUGUUGUUGUUAUUAAACAAAGCAACAACGAAAAAGUCAAACAAAUGAGAAUAAUACUUCAAUUGAUACUUCAUUCCACGGGUUAUUUGCAUCAUCACAGAAUUCAUCUCUUCACAGAAAACACUUAUGUUUGUCUUCUCCUUUUCCCACAAGGCCUACCCAGUCGGCUCCACCAUUAACCAGCCAACCGUCCUGAUUGUUUGUGGCCCUGGAAACAACGGAGGAGAUGGCCUGGUUUGCGCCCGGCACCUGAAAAUGUUUGUGAGUGUCCUGCUCCUUUAUCCUUCAGUAGAAAUCUAGGGGCAUGUUUGCAGACAGUGCUUCAUUCUUACGCAGAAUUGGGCUGGGGGUUGAGCUUGUGGAUGUGGUUAAUGUGGCAUAUAAUGUAGGAACUGGCUGUUUUCAAUGGAGAUAAGAAAAGCCUUCUAGAUCAGGAAAAUGGCCACCUGCUCCAGUAUCCUGUUCUCACAGUGGCCUGUAGGAAACCCACAAGCAGGACCCAAGCACAAGAGCACUCUCCCGUCCUCUGGUUUCCAGCAACUGGUAUUCAGAAACAUUACUGCCUCUGACCAUGGAGGCAGAGUGUAGCUUUGGUAGCUAGUAGCCAUUGAUAACCUGAAAGGACAUGUGAGAAACAUAGCUCUCUUAGAUGAUCUAGUGAUAAGUCAGUCGACCUUCUACAGCCCUACAAAUCACAUUUUCUUGCCAUGGUACAAGUGUUCUACUGGCAGUUGACUGUGACACUAUUCCUUCCCCCAGAGAAUUCUGGGAGCUGUAGUUUGUUAAGAGAGUGAGAAUUAGGAGAUUGCUAUUCCCCACAGAGAGCUACAAUUCUCAAUCCAUAUUCACAGGAACUCUUAAGAACUGUUGCUCUCUGGGGUGAAAAGGGUUCUCCUAACAACUCAGUACCCUUAAUGAAUUACACAUCCCAGAAUUCCUUGGGGGAAGCCAUGACUAUGUAAAGUAUCAUAGUGCUUAAUAUGCAUUGUGUGGAUGUGGCCAAAGUAUGGACUGUUCAAAUCCAAUGGUUUGUUGUCCAUUAAGUGUCACCACCUUGGGGAGGUGACCAGUGACGUCCCUGCAGAUGCUCUCAGUGAUCAAGCUACGAUACCAGGUGUCAGAUGGCUCCUGAGGUAGCUUGGACCUAAGUUGUUUGGGGCUUCGUCAAUCAAUACAGUUGUGCAAAUCUUCGUAAUUUGCGUUGAGGACCUCUUCAGGUUAUAACCCAGGAUACAGUGGUACCUCGGGUUAAGAACUUAAUUUGUUCUGGAGGUCUGUUCUUAACCUGAAACUGUUCUUAACCUGAGGUACCACUUUAGUAAUGGGGCCUCCCGCUGCCGUGCAAUUUCUGUUCUCAUCCUGAAGCAAAGUUCUUAACCCGAGGUACUAUUUCUGGGUUAGCGGAGUCUGUAACCUGAAGCGUCUGUAACCCGAGGUAGCACUGUAUAAGUGUUCCAGAUAAAUAAAUGAAUAUCAUGUCUCUCUUGCAGGGCUAUGAGCCAACGCUGUUUUACCCUAAACGCCCCAACAAGCCACUUUUUGAAGGUUUAACCACGCAGUGCAAGAAAAUGGACAUCCCAUUCCUUUCGGAGUUCCCAUCAGAAGUAGGUAGACCACCACCUCUAAAACCCAGAAGAAUAGGUGUUGGAUCAGGUUAAGAAACACCAUGAACCCACAUCUUUAUGGGCAGUAGCCAAAAUAUUAAGGUCAGCAAAUAGGGGAAAUAAACUGGAAUGCAAUGUAAACUUGAGGUGGGGAACCCCGAGACUAGCUUUGUGGGCCCAUAUGGAAAUUACGGGGAAUGAAACUCCAACUUGUUUGGUAUGAUAUACAGUGGUACCUCGGGUUAAGUACUUAAUUCGUUCCGGAGGUCUGUUCUUAACCUGAAACUGUUCUUAACCUGAAGCACCACUUUAGCUGCGCUGCCGGAGCACAAUUUCUGUUCUUAUCCUGAAGCAAAAUUCUUAACCUGAAGCACUAUUUCUGGGUUAGAGGAGUCUGUAACCUGAAGCGUAUGUAACCUGAGGUACCACUGUACUGCUGGCUCAACUAAUAGUGCCAGAUAUAUGCAAGAAAUGAUUGAUGUGUGCUGUUGGUAGUUUGCGACUCUGUGCAGGUCAGUUGAGGAGUGACUAGGUUAUCAACCUCACAAGUGGGGAAGAAGGCAAAUGACAUCCCUAUCAGGAAAGGUUUAAAGCUCUCUGCCUACACCAAUGUGUGUCUUAACUUUUCAUUCCUUUUUUCCUGCUACUGUCAAAAUUGGUUGGGUUUGGCAGGAGGGGGUGGGUCUGAUCUGUGCCUGGGGUGGGUGUCACAGAAUGUGAAGGUCAAGAGUUGAAAUUAUAUUUACGAUUCGGCAAAAUCUGCAUUAAGGCACCUAUAUAACCUCCUUGAUUCUAGCCACAUUUCACACACCUAUCGGCUCGUUUGCAGCCCUACUUCUCAUGUUCCUGUGAUUUUUUUUCUUUGUCUGGAAUGUUUCCUUGAACUCUUGUUAGUGCCACCUGGUAUUCUGGAGGAUAGAGAGGUUUGGGGGAGUUGCACUGAAACUAGACUACUCUCCAAAAGCUAAAUUUGCUUUGACUUUUUGGACCACUUUUGUGUUUUGUCUCGUCACACACAUACACCCUCCCUGUUAUCUGAAUGAGAAUUUGGCCUUUGAGGCCAUUGGUCACAGCCCAUGUAUUACACUAACCUGUUGCCUCUCGUUUCGUUGGCAGGCUGCAUUCAUUGACGAGCUCUAUGGCCUGGUGGUGGAUGCCAUUUUUGGGUUCAGCUUCCAAGGGGCUGUGCGAGAGCCCUUUGGCACCAUCCUGAGCACUCUGGAGAAGGUCACUGUCCCCAUUGUGAGCAUCGAUAUCCCUUCUGGUAUGUUGGGCCAAGGAUGCUCUCUGAGCUGGGUACCCAAAUAUUCUUUCAGCUUCCGUGUAAUGUAGCACAUGGAUUUCUUUUUUGCAUGCUCCAUCUCCAGCCCCCGCUUCAAACUCUGCAGCCAAGACUGAGCCCAAAGGAAGCUGAACUCUUAACCUGCACAAGUUUAGGCAGAUUUGAGCUUUGUGUUUUGCAGUAACUCAUUUUGUAAAUAGAAAUAAUAAUGAUACUUUGCAUAAUGUAUAUCUAGUUACACAGAUAGAAGCAAGGAGUAAUUCGCAGCCUUGGGGACUAGAAGCCACCAGCAAGUUUUGUUUUACUUUUUUUAAAAACAGUUCUUAACGAACUCUCCCAGUCCCAUAUUCUGUGCCAUGUGCAUAUAUUCAGGGCUGCUUAUGGCACUUUGCACCACUCUUUGUGGGUGAGUUACCUGGCUUUUAUAAAGAUUAUGCAACCAUGUUUGGAAUUCUCAGUCGUCAGCGAAGGUUUCCUUAGUCCUCGGGCUGCAGCACUUUCACACCCCCGCCACCAUUUUGAAACAUUUAUUUACAAAAUAAAUUGGGCGGGGGGGGGGGAAUUAAAGCUUCCAGUCUGCUCUGGGUUUGAUGGCAAAUGAAACCAAUUUUGUUUGGGGUCUCCAAUUUGGAGGAUGACCGUUUGCUGCUUGAGGGUUGUUGACAAUUAAUGGAUCUAAGUUAGUACUUUUAUUUUAGGUAGCUGUAUUCUUUGAUUGUAUAUCGAAUCUGAAUAGUGCGGCUUGGGGACUUUUUGGUUUUAUUCCAGAUUUGUUUUGUUUAGAUGCCUUAGGGCAUUUUAGAGUAUGAAUAUUUUAAUUCAAUACAGCAAUUGCAGAACGGUGUGCAAUUUCAUGACACACCCACAUGGAACCUUGGUUUGAGCCCCGCCCCCCAGCUUCCUGGGUGGGACCUGGUUAGCUGCCCUUCCAUUUCACAUUCCAAAACUGGGGUGGAGAACCUCAGAGAGAUAGUUCUUGUAUUGCUGAUUUCAGGGUGCUAAGAGGUAGUAAGGAAUAAAUGUUUCUGCAAAAUUUGGAGAACAUGCUACUACCAUUAGGCUGGCUCAUGGAAGCACCAGCUGCAACUUCAGAGUAAAAUCAGGCUUUGGGGCUUUAUUAAAAUGUUUGUAUGUUGCUGUGCAGUCAUUAAUCAUAGAUUCAUAUAGAGUUGGAAAGGACCACGAGGAUCAUCUAGUCCAACCAGAAUUUUGAAUUCUGCCUCAUGAUACCGGUUUUGCAGAAAUGGGUCCAGCCAGCCGUGGAUCAAUUUGGCAGCCGCUUAACAGUCAGCUGUUGGAUUUGUAAUUUGGAACAUACUGAAUUAACCAGGGUUUUCAUUUAGACAUUGUGACUUUGUAUCAAAACUCCCUACGCAUUAGAUCAGGCAUAGGCAAACUCCGGCCCUCCAGAUGUUUGGGACUACAAUUCCCAUCACCCCUAGAUAACAGGACCAGUUGUUAGGGAUGAUGGGAAUUGUAGUCCCAAACAACCGGAGGGCCGGAGUUUGCCUAUGCCUGCAUUAGAUCCUUAUUUUAAACAUUUGACGACUCCAGCCCCAUUAUUUGUUGUUUCAGUUUCAGUUCUUGUUAAAGAACCUCAUUUUUAUCCUUCUGUUGAGAUCCCACUCACUCAGCCAAGCACAGCCUUUCCCUCCCUACAAUACGGAGAUAAUUCUGACCUACCUUACAAGGUUGUUGUAAGAGAAUGUACAUGGGAGCACCUUAAAACAUUCAAAAAGCCACUCUAUGAAUGCUGAGGUGGUGUCAGAGACUGGCUAGACAAGGAGGAGUGGUGGCUACCAGUUGUCCAGGAAGUACCACUGGGGAGGAGGGAGAUUUUGAGUUUGACUCAGACUGGUCCACAGAGGGAACCAUCAGAAAAGUCUUGGAGCCAGAGAGUAGGGGCGAAGGGGAGAGGCACAGUGUGGGCACAGACCCUGAUAGGGAGAGAGCAGAAGAUACAUCUUCCACGUUGCAGGACAGUCCUCUUCCGGCCCCUUCUCUCCCCCCCCCCCAGCUCAAGAAAGGAGAGCUAAAAAACAGAAAGGGCAGAUAAGAAAAGCUGAAUGAUGCCAGAAGAAUGUACAGAGAGAAACACUUAAAGGACGGGAAGGGUUUCCAGCUUCUGCAACUUUCAUACCUUGAGAGCCUCGGUGUCGGGUAUCUCUGGUUGCGAAGCAAUAAAGUUCUUUGCCUUCAAGUCGCGUGCUUCUUCCUGAUUUGCAGCCUGGUCGGCAAGGCUAUUCUGGCAACCUGACAGAUGGUAAGCAUCUUCCUUCUACGGCAGGCAUGGCCAAACUUGGCCCUCCAUGCGUUUUGGGACUACAAUUCCCAUCAUCCCUGACCACUGGUCCUGUUAGCUAGGGAUGAUGGGAGUUGCAGUCCCAAAACAUCUGGAGGGCCAAGUUUGGCCAUGCCUCUUCUACGGAAUAAAGGACUACUUGCACACCAAGGGAGUUACAAAGAAGUUUGAUAUUGGCUGCUGCGUUGUAGCACAUUGAUAAACCACAUGUCUCUAUGUAAACCAACCUUCCUUGACCUGAUUCUUCCUAGACGUUUUGGACUGCAACUUCCAUCGGUUCCAGCCAGCACACCCCUGGAGUGGGGGCUGAUGGGAGUUGUAGUCCAAAGCAGCGGGAGGGCACGCCAGGUUAGGGAAAGUGGCUGUGAACUUAUUUCUCAAGCACUUGUCCUUCUUUGAUUUCAGGUUGGGACGUGGAGAAAGGGAACCCCGAUGGGCUGCAGCCAGACAUGCUGAUCUCUCUCACUGCGCCCAAGAAGGCUGCAAAGCAGUUCACUGGACGCUACCACUUCCUAGGCGGCAGAUUCGUGCCUGCAGCGCUGCAGAAGAAGUACUCCCUUAACCUCCCGGAGUACCCAGAGACAGACUGCGUCCUACGGCUCUCCUAGCCGCUGCACCCCAAGCUGGGGAGACAUCUGGAUCAGAGGAGGAAUUGAAAUUAGGUUGGGUUAAGGUUUGGUGGUUCAUUAUUUGGAGUUACAAGUUAGGCCUUAAGAAGUAGCCUUGGAUCGUAAGUGGACACACAGCAAUUGAGAGCAAUAUGGGAAGAGAUCAGAAGACUUUUGCGACAGCUUUAGACCAAACAAACCAAAAAAGGCUGCCUUCCAUCACAUUGUAAAGUAUGAUUAGUGUGUGGGAAAAGGAACAACAGUGCAGAUGUGGGGAGCCUUUGGCCUUCCAGAUGUUGCUGAACUAGAACUACCACUACCACCUUCCCUGGCCGUCGGCCAUGCUGGCUGUGGCUGAUGGGAGUUGUAGUUCAGCAACAUCUGGAAGGCCCCUUAGGAGAAUCUCAUUCUUUUCCUUUGUGCAAGGAAGAGACUGUUUUAUAGACUGUAACGAACUGAGAGAACUUUCAUUUUCCUUCAAUAAAAAUGGUGUGAUUAAAAAAUAACUUUGCUUAAAAAAACACACCACCCAACUGUUGUUGUUGUACUUGUG